GCAGCACGCACUCUUUUCCGCUGAGCAGUAAUAAAGACACGGGCCGGGCGGAGCACAGCGGCGGCUUCGCGGGGCAAUUUUUGAAAGUUGUUUAGCGGAAUCCGGUGUAAAUCGGAGCCAUCCCAACAGCAACCAUGACGGUCGGAAAGAGCAGUAAGAUGCUUCAGCACAUCGACUAUCGGAUGCGCUGUAUAUUGCAAGAUGGUCGGAUAUUCAUCGGGACGUUUAAGGCAUUCGACAAGCACAUGAACCUCAUUUUGUGUGACUGCGAUGAGUUCAGAAAGAUCAAGCCCAAGAAUUCUAAGCAGCCAGAGAGAGAAGAGAAGAGGGUGUUGGGUCUGGUGUUACUCAGAGGAGAAAACCUGGUGUCAAUGACAGUAGAAGGACCUCCUCCCAAAGAUACAGGAAUUGCCCGUGUGCCCCUGGCAGGGGUUGCUGGAGGUCCAGGUGUGGGUAGAGCAGCAGGCAGAGGUGUACCAGCUGGAGCUCCAAUGGCCCAGGCCCCUGCUGGUCUAGCUGGACCGGUCAGAGGAGUUGGAGGCCCGUCACAACAGGUAAUGACACCUCAGGGCAGAGGCACAGUGGCUGCAGCUGCGGCAGGAGCCAGCAUCGCCGGGGCCCCCACGCAGUAUCCUCCAGGCAGGGGUGGACCUCCUCCACCCAUGGGAAGAGGAGCACCACCUCCAGGUAUGAUGGGUCCUCCCCCUGGCAUGCGGCCACCCAUGGGCCCUCCAAUGGGCAUGCCCCCAGGCCGUGGUGCCCCUAUGGGCAUGCCACCUCCAGGCAUGAGACCUCCACCACCAGGAAUGAGAGGACCACCUCCCCCAGGCAUGCGCCCCCCCAGGCCUUGAUUCUCCACACUGGACUCAAACGUGUUAUGAGGCUUUUCUCUUCCUUUUGCAGGAAGCGUUGACUGUGGGCUCUUGUAUAGUUUCAGUUGAUUGUUCUUUUUGUAAUUUUUUUUAAUAAAGUGUAUUUGACUGGUAUCAUUUUAAAAA